AUGCUUUCCAUGUCUCGGAUACGUUGUUAAUUUUCACCACUUCUGCGUUGAAGUACUUCGUAAUCUGUCGGAAAAGAUACCAACUCUGUUUGUGGCGGUGCGGCGCCACAUGUGGCAGUACAUACAAUCCGUGUGCUCGGGUGGAGCGGCAUUGCCUGCCGCCCGCGAUUUCGUCACGUCACCGCCAGGUCAAGCUCCACUGCUGGCGCAGCUGCUGUUGGCCGCCAAGGUUGCGUGACCAAACCGAGCUCACCUCUAGUUUCUUGCCUUUUUCCCAACACCGCCUGUACAUAUCUUAUCACCUUGCCUACGAAGGCACGAAGCUCGCAACCCCAAUGUCAAGGUCGCCAGCACACAUAUUGUUCCGACGCAUAUGCCCUCCCAGGUGAAGCGUCUAGAGCGGCAGCCAUGAACUUCGAAGACCCCGACAAUCCCGACCCGGACCAGUGCCGCGGCGAGAAUGCAAUCAGACCCGGCAAGAAGGACACCCAAGUCCAGCUCGUCAUCUCUCUUGCUCUGGGCUUGUCCGCAUUUAUAGCUUUCUGCAUCCUCCGACCACGAUGGAAGUCCCUCUACGCCGCCCGAAAGCGACACUCCAAUCCCCACCUCGGCCUACCGUCACUCCCCGACAGCUUCUUUGGCUGGAUCCCCGUGCUAUACCACAUCACCGAACAGCAGGUCCUGUCCUCGGCUGGUCUCGACGCAUACGUCUUCCUGGCCUUCUUCAAGAUGUCCAUGCGCCUCUUCGGCUCCAUGUUCUUCUUCGCCGCCGUCGUCCUCGAGCCCAUCAAUCGCCACUUUAUCGACAACACCAAGUCGUCCGAGAUAUUUCUGUUUAGGCCAUACGCAACCGACUACAGCCAUGAGCUUGCGAGACGGUCCGUUGGUAUGGAGAAGCCGGACGGCGACCAAGACAACAGCUUCAACCGCAAUAUGGGAUACCUGUGGUCGUAUUUGGUAUUUACCUACUUUUUCACCGGCCUCACCCUCUUUUUCAUGGACAGGCAGACGUCCAAGGUGAUACGUGUCCGCCAGGACUAUCUGGGUACCCAGUCUACGAUUACCGACCGAACCUUCCGCCUAUCCAGCAUCCCCGAAGAACUGAGGACCAAAGCCGCCAUCAAGGAUCUAGUGCAGAAACUCGAGAUCGGAAAGGUCGAGAGUGUCACUCUUUGCUGCAAUUGGACCGAGAUUGACAAGUUGAUGGAGGAGAGGAAGACUAUUUUGGCCAAGCUUGAGGAGACCUGGAGUGUUUAUCUCGCACGUGCGCCGCGAGGAGCCACCGAAUCCGGGCCAAAUGGGGGCGGGGAUGACGGCUUCAGAGGUGGUGCGAGCAGCGCCCCGGAGGUGGUAGAUGAGGAGGCCGGGGAAAGUGAUCAUCUCUUGAGCGGGGACGAGACCCAGCCGUCCGAAAGACAGCGUCCACGGACACGUUUUUGGUACGGUUUCCUGCGCCUCCAGAGCCGCGAGACCGACGCCAUCGACUACUACACCGAAAAGCUACGCCGGGUCGACGAGAAGAUCACCGCCGCGCGCAAGAAGAAGUUCGAGCCUGUCAGCCUCGCCUUCGUCACCAUGGACUCUAUUGCCGCCUGCCAGAUGGCCAUUCAGGCACUCAUCGACCCUCACCCGGGCCGUCUCCAGACAAAGCCCGCCCCUGCGCCGUCCGACAUCGUAUGGAAGAACACAUACGCCACGCGCUUCAGCCGCCGCAUUCGGUCCUGGACAGUCACCACCUUCGUCGCUAUCCUUUCCGUCGUGUGGUUGGUUCCCGUCGCCUUCCUCGCCUCCGUCCUCAGCAUCUGUACCAUUAAUCAGUUCCUCCCAUCCUUCGGUGAAUGGCUCAAGGAACACGAAAUCGCCCGAACCCUUGUUCAGACAGGGCUCCCCACGCUUGUCGUAUCCCUGCUCAAUGUCGCUGUCCCCUACCUCUACGACUACCUCUCCUGGCACCAGGGCAUGCUCUCCCAAGGCGACAUCGCUCUCUCCGCCAUCAGCAAGAACUUCUUCUUCACCUUCUUCAACAUUUUCCUCAUCUUCACCGUCUUCGGUGCCGUCACCUCCAUCCUCGACGUCCUCCGCAACUCCCUCAAAGACACCACCUACAUCGCCUACACCCUCGCCCGCAAGAUCGAGGAACUCUCCGUCUUCUACACCAACUUCAUCAUGCUCCAAGGCCUCGGCCUCUUCCCCUUCCGCCUCCUCGAAUUCGGCAGCGUAGCCCAGUACCCGAUCCUGCGCAUGGGCGCCAAGACCCCGCGCGACUUCGCCGAGAUGGUCCAGCCCCCCAAGUUCUACUACGGCUUCUACCUGCCCACCGCGCUACUCGUCUUCAUCCUCUGCCUCGUCUACAGCGCUAUCCCCGGAGGCUACCUCGUCCUGGCGCUCGGCCUCGCCUACUUCUCGCUCGGCUACUUCACCUACAAGUACCAGCUGCUCUACGCCAUGGACCAGCCCCAGCACGCCACCGGCGGUGCCUGGCGCAUCAUCUGCUACCGCAUCGUCCUGGGCCUCGUCGUCUUCCAGCUCACCAUGUCCGGCUACCUCGCCCUCAAGAAGGCCUACACCGUCGCCCUGCUCGUCGGGCCCCUCUUCCUCGCCACCCUGUGGUACGGCUGGGACUUCCGCAAGCGCGUCGAGCCGCUGACGCGCUUCAUUUCCCUGCGGAGCAUUGAGCGCCCCCCCGGUGAGGGUGGUGGUGAGAGUGCUAUCAUGGAUGGCGACGGCGCCGAGGCCGCCGAGCAGAGGGAGGUGCUGCGUAGGGGCAGCACGGUCGAUGAGGACCGCGAGAAGGGGCUGCGGUUUGUGAAUCCGAGCUUGGUGGCGCCACUCGAGCAGCCCUGGAUCUACGAGGACGCGCCGCCGCCGCUGGUGGGUUCGGGCGCGGGUUCCAGUCCUGGCAACACGCCUGGCCGUGGCACGCCGACUCGCGGAACCGGUGGCAUUGGCGGGGGCAGUAGCAACUCGUCGAGCUCGGUCAGUCUGGGGGAUACCCACAUCUGGAGGGAAUGAUGGCGCCCUAGAGCGUUGUCGUUGGUGGUGGUGAAUGCCGGCCGGUACGCCGGUCGGUUGGUUCCAUUGCGUUGCAUAGCGCGCGUCGGUUGCGGCCGUACGUCUCGCUGCGGUUUCUUUUUCUGUUUUUCUGUGUCUUUUUUAUCAUGUGAAUUGUGAGAUGACGAUGGGUACGAAGACUGGGGUAGCUGGGACGUUGGAGUGAUACCAAGGGGUUAAUGAUAUGGAGCAGUGUUGGGAGUAUAUACCAGGUGGAUUUGGAAGCGAGGUAGGACGGACAUACGAGUUGAAGUAAUAUGACAUACUCUCCGCAGUACCAUUACUGGUGCCAUCAUUCAUCAUUCCACAUGAUAGGUUGUCUGG